AUGAUUGUUCAAGAACCAGUGCAGGCCGCAAUAUGGCACUGCCUAAACCAUUACCACUAUCAGGAUGCUACAUUCCUUGCGGAACGGCUCUGUGCAGAAGUGGAUUCGGAAGAGAGUGUUUUUCUACUUGCCACAUGUUAUUACCGUGCAGGACAAAAGCAUCUGGCACACUGGCUACUGUCGAAAAAGAGCGUUCGUUUGACACAGUGUCGUUUUCUGCUUUCAAAGUGCGCCUUUGAUUUAAAAAAAUACUCGGAAGCAGAACACGCGUUGAUCAACGAUGAUCAUCUCAGACCAAAGCAUUUGGAUGAGAUCGUGAAGGAAUUUGGCGAUAUUGCCUGCUUCGCGUUAGAGUUGCUUUCAAAAAUAUGCCUCAAGACUGAACGAUCCAAGCUGGCGAACGAUGCCAGCAGGCGAGCGAUCAAGUUGAACCCGUUCCUGUGGCAAUCGUUCGCCGAUCUGUGCAGCCGGGGUGAAAAACCCGAUCCGGACAGUGUGUUUCAGCUAAGCAGCACUGAUAUCUUCCAAACCAGCCAAGCACAUCAAUACAAUUCGAUUGUGUGGUUUGGUGGGACGGGUUAUCACUGCAACCCGCCGUUGGAUUCGUCAGUGGGUGUCAACGAUUGCACGGCGGAUCUGGUGGGCGAAAUUGCCGAUAAUCCUUCGACGCCGGUUGACCAAUGCUUUACGCAAAAUGUUAAUACACCGAACAAUCAAUGUCCACCCGGUGCACCACCCGGACUGGGGCACGUUCCUCAGCAGCAGCAGCAGCAAAAUCUGAACUACUCGUACUUUAACAGUUCUGUUGGAUCGAUACGCUUAGGUGGGUCCAAUGUAAGCGCUGGAGAGCAAACGCCAAACGCCAAUGUAUUCACGGAACACAACAACACACCAUUCCGUAAGCAGCAGUUUAAGUAUCUAUCUACGAUAAGCCCUUCAACGCCCAGCUUUGGCGUGCUACCGAUCGUGCACACACCGAACGAGUCGAUGGCGUUCGUGAUAACGCCUUCUCCACAGCUAGUGCCGAUGGGUACGCCAGUCGGACAGACUGGUACGACGACACUGAUACAGCAGCAAGGUUCACAGUUUAUGCAAUUUGCCACCGGUAUGCAACAGACGCCACAGCAGCAGCAACAACAAAGCCAAGGAAUAAUCGGCGAAGGCGCGCUAGCAGAUUCGCACGCUGUAGCUCCCAAUCGCAAGAUCGCACUACUCAGUAGCAACAAGAAAAUGCGUCGACAUCACCAUAACAACCUCGGCACUAUGGGCAACAUUAUUAACCGCAAGCACGACUCGCCGCACCAUCCUCAGCAGGCGGCUAUCCAGUUGCUCCAGCAACAAAGCACCAACACUAAACCGAUCGUUUUUAGUCAAACCGGAAAUCAACUGACUACCACGCCACGAACCCCCAACACAACUGGCGGCGCUUUGCAACAUGGCCAGAAUGUGCGGCGCAGCUCGCGCCUCUUCAGCAACAGCAAUUCGGUCAAGGAGAAUGCAAAGAGUCCACAAUUGAACAACAAAUUCGUUGCGCCCCGCUCACCACCCCGGCGAACAAAGCAACGCAUCUCAAAGACAAUCAAUAACAGUGUCACAACGUUGCUUGAAAACAUACCAGAAAAGAAAUCGUCGUCCGUGUGUGGGCCGGGCGCGGAUGCGCCGGUGAAAGAGAAAAUCGAAACCAUCACUUCCACUGUCAACGACAACGGUUCCUCACCCUUACUGAACGAGAAGGUGAUGCUGAACAAUAGCAUUAACAGUGCGCAAAAGAUGGCACAGCAGGUGCUGCAGUUGAAGAAGCAAAGUGCGGACGGGCUGAUGACCCUGCUAAGGGAGCUUGGCCACGGGUUUCUUCGAUUACAAAACUACGAAUGCGAGAAAGCGAUCGAACAUUUUUCGAACGUUCCGCUACACCAUUACGAGAGCAGUUGGGUCAAAAGCAUGAUAGCGGUGGCCCACCACGAAAUGCGUGACUACGAGUCGGCGGUGCACCUUUUCCACGACAUACACGAGCGCGAACCGUACCGGCUGCAAUAUAUGGAAAUCUACAGCACCGAUCUGUGGCAUCUGCAGAAGGACGUGUUGUUGUCGUCGCUGGCGCAAGAUCUGAUGGCCCAGGACAAAACCUCCCCCAUUACCUGGUGCGUGGCUGGCAACUGUUUUUCCGCCCACAAGGAACACGAGACGGCGAUCAAGUUCUUCUUCCGUGCAAUACAGGUCGAUGAGGACUUUGCGUACAGUUACGCGCUGUUAGGCCACGAGCUGGUAAUGACGGAAGAGCUCGAAAAGGCACUUUCAAUGUACCGGUUAGCUGUGCUGCACGAUCCGCGACACUACAAUGCCUGGUUCGGUAUCGGUACGGUAUUUUGCAAACAGGAGCGGCACGAGCUAGCUGAACUACACUACCGGAGAGCGUUGCAGAUCCAUCCGCGCAACUCCGUCAUCAUGGUGCACAUAGCCGUGAUGCAAUUCUUUCUCAGGAAAACCGAUCAAGCCAUACGAACGCUGAACGCUGCGAUCGCGCUCGAUCCACGGAACCCUCAGUGCAAGUUCCAGCGUGGCUCGAUGUUCUUCAUGAUGGGGCGCUAUCACGAGGCUCUCAAAGAGCUGGACGAGCUGAAGCAAAUCGUGCCAAAGGAAGCGAUGGUAUACUAUCUCAUGGGAAAGAUUCACAAAAAGUUGGGUAACGUCGAUCUGGCACUGAUGCAUCUGAGCUGGGCCACUGACCUCGGAUCGAAGGGCGCAAACAAUCAGAUAAAGGACAAUUUCGAUUCCAUCAUACGGACGCAGGACGGUGAUGGUGGGAUGGAAGGAGACGGUGGACUGGUGGGAGGAGGAGGCGGUGAAUCGAGUAGGGCGGGUGAUUCUGGUGCGGGUGCGGCUGGUAGCGGUGGCGGCACUACUGUGCACGACGCCGAUGGGGACGGAGUGGAUGAUAAAGUCGGCAGUGUGGGCAGUCUUGAUCCGGAGGCGGGCAGUAGCAGCAUCGAUCCGGACUAUUCGCUCGGCAUCGAGCAGAUAUCUAGUGAUGAUUCAACCGCGGCCGUCAGUAUGCGAAAUGAGUCGCUCGACAUAAUAGCAAACAAUUUCUACGAUAGUGAUAGCUAUUAGGCUACAAACACUGAGACGAUGAUGUCGCCUAUGUGAGAUGGUCACA